AUGGAGAUCCGGCCGGACAGGUUUAAGGCCGUGGCAGCCAAGACUCUCGGGAAAAUAUACGGAGCUCUUGAGAAGAAGCAGGAAAAUGGUGAGACCAUCGAGCUGUCUGCGGAGGGCCGGCCGGAGCUGGCGGAGGAAAAGGAGAUGCCCGUGGUGGAUUGCACAUGCUUCGGCCUGCCCAGGCGCUACAUCAUUGCCAUCCUCUCCGGUAUUGGCUUCUGUAUCUCCUUUGGAAUCCGAUGUAACUUGGGCGUGGCCAUCGUCAGCAUGGUCAACAGCCACACCAUCUACAGAGACAACAAGGAGGUCAUAGUGAAAGCUCAAUUUGACUGGGAUCCAGAAACAGUCGGAAUGAUCCAUGGCUCAUUCUUCUGGGGAUACAUAGUAACCCAAAUUCCAGGAGGGUUCAUUUGUCAAAAGUUUGCAGCAAAUAGAGUGUUUGGCUUUGCUAUAGUGGCCACAUCUUGCCUGAAUAUGCUUAUCCCCACGGCAGCCCGGAUGCACUUUGGUUGUGUUAUCAUUGUCAGGGUGUUUCAAGGACUUGUGGAGGGGGUUUCGUAUCCUGCCUGUCAUGGUAUUUGGGCGAAAUGGGCACCACCUCUUGAAAGAAGUCGCCUGGCCACAACAGCCUUUUGUGGCUCCUAUGCUGGUGCUGUGAUCGCCAUGCCGUUAGCUGGAAUCUUAGUCCAGUACUCCGGAUGGUCAUCGGUCUUCUAUGUCUAUGGAAGUUUUGGGGUCAUGUGGUACUGCUUCUGGAUCCUGGUGUCGUAUGAAAGUCCAGCAGCCCAUCCCACCAUCACUGAUGAGGAGAGGAAAUAUAUUGAGGAAAGCAUUGGCGAGACGGCCCAAUAUACAGUAACGAAAUUCAACACACCAUGGCGGGCCUUCUUCACGUCCAUGCCAGUGUAUGCCAUCAUCGUGGCCAAUUUCUGCAGAAGCUGGACUUUCUACUUGCUUCUCAUCAGCCAGCCCGCAUACUUUGAGGAAGUGUUUGGGUUCGAGAUUAGCAAGGUGGGCAUGCUUUCCGCACUUCCCCAUCUAGUUAUGACCAUCAUUGUGCCCAUUGGUGGCCAGCUUGCCGACUAUCUGCGCUCCAACCAUAUCAUGACCACCACUAAUGUCAGGAAACUUAUGAACUGUGGAGGUUUUGGGAUGGAGGCAACUCUGCUGCUAGUGGUGGGCUUCUCUCAUACAAAAGGUGUUGCCAUUACAUUCCUGGUCCUGGCUGUGGGUUUCUCUGGCUUUGCCAUUUCAGGUUUCAAUGUCAACCAUCUGGACAUUGCACCCCGAUAUGCUAGUAUCCUCAUGGGUAUCUCCAACGGUGUGGGCACUUUGUCUGGUAUGGUUUGCCCACUUAUAGUUGGUGCCAUGACGAAGCACAAGACACGGGAGGAGUGGCAGGGUGUGUUUCUUAUUGCCUCAAUUGUUCAUUACGGAGGUGUUAUUUUCUAUGGACUUUUUGCAUCUGGAGAGAAGCAAGCUUGGGCCGAGCCAGAGCAGCUGAGUGAUGAGAAAUGCGGGAUCCUGGAUGAGGAUGAGCUUGCAAACGAGACAGAGGAGCUGUAUCGCACGACUGGCGGAGCAGGCUACGGAGCCACGAAUCAGGGAGCAGAUCCCAACGGAGGCGGAGGCAUGGGAGGAGGAGGCUGGGUUUCAGACUGGGACAAAACUGAGGAAUAUGUACAACCAGCCGGCACCAAUAAUUACCUUUAUGGAGGAGAGGGGGACCGUGAGUUAACAUAAAACCAGCAGAUAAUCUGCACAUAGCCUUUAGUGAGGCAGAAACAGUACAUCAUCAGUGUGAAGUUUCACCUGAUGGCAUGGAGACCUUUAAAAGUGCGGAUUUAAAAUGGAAAGUGGGAAGGGACAAUUUUCAGCAAGUCUGACUACAUUAAUGUAACGGAACUGAACUCAAAGAGACUGCACAGCGGAGCUGAAGGCAUUAGUAAAUGUAGAAUGCGUGUUUGUGUGUGGUUGCAAUUGUGUACCCUCUGUGACAGACAAUCUAAGUAAAAGUGUUUUAGGACCCGUCAACCUCCCUAUAAUAUUUGUUGGAGAAGGGCUGUUUUUAGGCCUGGUGUGGCUUUCUUUGGUGUUUAUUCACUGUAAUAAUUGUAGAAAUUUCAAUAUUAAUUGAUAGGAUUUGGAUUUCAUUAGUAUGCCUCUCAUUUAUAUUUGAAUCAUUCCAGAUUACAAAUCUUUAGGCGCACAUUGGUCACAAGCUUAUUUCUGAUGUUUGGUGAAAACCUACUGAGUUUUUUUGAACUGGUUUUAAAAAAGUUUAAUUAAUAGUUAUAGAGUUUCUGCAACCCUUAGCAGCGUAUGCACCUCCACUGACAUUAAAGUUAUGACCUUAAUGUGCACACUUUUAAGAAAAAGCAUCUUACUUGUGCCAAUACAACAAAACUAUUUUGCUCUGUAGUAUUGGCUUACUUAUUCACUGAGAAAGUAACUGAUCACCUGCAAAUAUUACAGUUUUCUGUUAAGUCUAAAUAUCCCAUACUGGCAUUUUUAGAUGCAGCAUUUUGAUUUCCUUGUGCAAAAAUGUUUUAUGUACUAGGCCUCUAACCUGUCUGCCUGCUGAGAAACUGGGGAAUAAAAAAUGCCACAUAUAGGACGACAAGGAAUGUAAUUAUCCAGGGUAAUACUAAUCCUAUAUUAAAUUAGUCUCCAAGUUUGGAGCCGCUUUUAUUUCUAUCAGGUCUCUUGGAGACUGUUUAUUUCAUAAUUCAACAUCUGAAUUUUGUUCAGUAUGCUUUACAUGUAAUAUAUGCUUCAUUAAUGUUAUUCCAUUAUGUUACUGUUGUGUUCAGGUAAUUCAUGCUCUAAGUGUUGACAUUAUCUCUUUCAGGUAAGGCACUCUGCUGUCACUGUAUUAAUAACCUAAGAGCCCCCACACAUGCCAGUCUCUACUCUCUUUCCCAGUGGCAAAGCAGGGAGCCGAGGCUGUUUUCUGGUUCUAGUUAAUGUAGCAUACAUUAAAAUUAAUGUGCAAAUAAAAAGGAACUGUCAGUCUUGUAAAGCCAUAGCAUACAGUAGAUCUCACUCAAUCUCGCUAGAAGGUGGAAUUCUCCUUUGCUUUAUUUUAUAGUGCAGCAAGCUGAAGAUAUGUUAAAUGAUCAGUAACCUAAAGACCAAUUAAGCAUAAAAGGCUGAUAAUGGACAACAAAACAACAACAUUUCACUGUACAUGAGCAAUUUGUUUUAUGUUUUGUUAGUAGAUGUUGUAAUGUAUCUAGCUAGCCCCAAAGUUAAGGUUUAACAUCCCUGUGUUAGGUCAUGGGAUGGCUGAUACUGUUUCAUUGAUUGGAGUUCACUGAUAGUUUAAAUAUUAAACGUCAGGGUUUUUACUGUUUUUGUCAUUUUUCAUUACUUUAUUGUUUAAUGUUUCGUUCUUGAUUACAAAUUAAAACUGUAAAUGUAAAAAUCGUGUACAUGUGGAAUAUU